CCACCUCAUCGCCCACAUUGGUAUGACCGAGGUUGAAGAGGUGGAGUACGAGGACUCUAACCAGCGUAAGCGGAUUAAGAAGGUUGGUGAGAUCAGUGUCAUCGCCAACAACAUGGAGAAAUAUAUUUCAUUCAAGUGGCGUCAGUACCGCUUCAUUGACUCCAUGGCCUUCUUGAACUCCUCUCUGGACUCGUUGGUGAGCAACACCCCGGAAGAUGCCUUCAAGCUUACUCGUACAUUAGCCCAUCAUGACCUUCUCCGGCGUAAGGGUGUCUACCCCUACGAGUACAUGGACUCCUUUGCUCGGUUUGAUGAGACACAGCUGCCACCUAAAUCAGCAUUUGAGUCUAGUUUGACUGGAGAAGGUAUCAGUGAUGCCGACUAUGCCCAUGCUCAGAACGUAUGGCAGACAUUUGAGUGCAGUACAAUGGAGGCCUAUCAUGACCUCUAUUUGCAAACAGAUGUCUAUCUUCUAGCAGAUGUCUUUGAGCAUUUCCGCAAGACGGCAUACAAGACGUAUGGGUUGGAUCCAGCUCAUUACCUUACUCUCCCAGGAUAUGCAUGGGAUGCUCUACUACGGUUCACCCAGAUUGAACUGCAGCUGCUCACGGAUGUAGACAUGCAUCUGUUUGUCGAAGCCGGUCUACGUGGGGGCAUCUCAAUGGCGUCGCAGCGGUACGGCAAGGCCAACAACCCAACGAUGGAUCAGUACAAUCCUGCCGAGCCCACAUCAUACCUGCUAUACCUUGAUGCCAACAACCUGUAUGGCUGGGCUAUGUGCCAGAGUAUGCCGACAUCUGAGUUUGCCUGGUGUGACAAGAACCUGUCCGAGAUACUGGCACAACCUGUAGAUUCGAGCACUGGGUUCAUUGUGGAGUGUGAUCUUGAGGUACCCUCUUCGCUGCACCACUACUUCAAUGAUUAUCCACUUGCACCGGAAGUGAUGAGAGCAUUCUCAGAUAAGCUAUCACCAUACCAGAAAGCACUUGUGGAGGAGCUCAAAGUGUCAGCCGUAGAUGGAGUCAAGUUGACACCCAGUCUCCUACCCAAGUCCAAGUAUGUGUUACACUACCGUACACUGCAGCUGUAUUCACGUCUGGGCAUGGUGGUGACCGCUGUUCACAAGGUGUUGGGAUUUCAGCAGAGUGCCUGGAUGGCUCCCUACAUCAAUCUGAACACUGCACUUCGCACGAGGGCUACAACCGACUUUGAGAAGAGCUUUUACAAGGUAAAUGCAACCGUUGUGUGCAGUCUUGUAUGUUGUUGUUGGUUGUUGUUGUUAUUGUUGUUGUUGUUUUUGUUGUUGUUGCAUGUAUGGUGCAAGUGUGACGUGGAGUAUGCUAAUUGAAAAUAUGCUGAUGUGAAGGAAUGGCAUGAUAUGAUUCUCAUGUGUCAUGUUUGCCUGUUUGUGUGCUGCAGCUGAUGAACAACUCAGUCUAUGGCAAGACGAUGGAGAACGUUCGUAAUCGAACACGCAUCGAUCUCUUGCGGGAAGAAAGUGAGGAGCAGGUACUGAGGGCAGUGAGCAAGCCUACAUAUGUGCGGCACGACAUUUUCCCGAACAGGCUUGUCGGAAUAGAAAAGCAGCACACUGAGAUCAAGCUCAACAAGCCGGUCUAUGUGGGUAUGUCGAUACUAGACCUGUCAAAGUUGCACAUGUACUCCUUCUACUACGAUGUGCUGAAGGAGCAGUACGGUAGCAGAAUCCGGCUGUUGUACACCGACACCGACUCUGUUAUUGUGCACAUAACCACCGGUGAUGUUUAUGCAGAGAUGGAUCUGUCUCUGUAUGACACCAGCAACUUUCCCACUGACCAUCCUCAGUACACUUCUGCCAAUAAGAAAGUGGUUGGCAAAUUCAAAGAUGAGCUUGGUGGGAAAUCCAUGGUGGAGUUUGUAGGUCUAAGAUCGAAGAUGUACUCCUACAUCGGGCAGGAAUCGGCCAAACGGGCCAAGGGUGUGCGGAAGGCAGUCCUGGCAAAUACCAUCACCCACAAGGACUAUGUAGAUGCACUGCUCAGUCAUCGUGUGUCUGCCAGGCCUAUGAUGGGUCUCCGAUCACAUUGCCACACAGUGUAUGAGGAGGUAACCACCAAGGUGGCAUUGUCUCCAUUCGACUGCAAGCGGUAUAUACUGGAUGAUGGCAUGGCCACACUUGCAUAUGGUCACAAGGACAUUUAAUGGGCAGAACCCCACAUUGAACAUGUUUCAUCAUUUUCAUGCAAAACUUCCCGCCAUUCUUCUGUCUAAUAUUCCUCCUUUCUUGACAUGUGGAGCUGGCUCCAACACUCCACAUUUGUGUUAAAUAUUUCAGGCUUGUGCCUCAAUUAUAUUGCAGGAUAUAGUGCAUUGUGCGGUAUAAUAAUCUUCAUCGCAUCAUAAAAUAUUACCCUACAUACUUUGGUUUGCAGUGUGUGCGCAGCAUAGUCCAUAUAUCAUCAAAUUGAUCAAGUUCAGUAUCUGCGGGCAUAUAUUUCCCCAGCUUGAGAAAAUGCUUAUAUACUUGCGUAAAUUUAUGCUCACAAUGAUGACAUAAAAAUGAGAUUAAAGUCCAUAUGAUGGCCAGUAUGAAUGUA